CCCCUCUCUCUGCACAGAAAAAUGCAGUUGGGUGGGGGCACAUGCACACAGCUGAGGGUCCACCCCACUGAAGGGUCCUGUUUGUCUGAACUUCAGUGUUUUCUGAGGGCUUCAUUCUGGGGUCAGAGGUCAAACAAACACAACAGAGACUUGUGGUUUUUUCACAUGUUGUGUUUUCCAGAUGCAGGAGCAGCUGAAUGUGAUUCUGCAGGAACUAAAACUACCAGAGAAUGUUUAGACGGUGCUCUAAAGCUGGUCUCCAACCACAGCCGUACUCCUGGACACACCAAAGAUCUGCUUGAUUUCCUCAAACCUCUGAAGGAUCAUCUCCAAUCAAAAGAGUCGGAGAUCAAGGAGCUGAAAAAGCAGUUAUCCAGUUCUCCACCUGCUCCUGAUGAGACCUACCACACAGGUGGGGGGUCAAAGCGCCUCUGUCCCACCCCCUCACAUGGACCUGAUGGAGACAGCCCAGGGACAUGUUCGGAGGUGAAGGUCUACACUGUGGUCACCGGUAAAACCCAUGGAGCUGACAGAGACAUACUGGAGCAGGUCACCAGUCUGCAGAGUCUCAAAGUGGACAAGGUCUCAAACCCUCAGGACUGUGAUGUGGGCAUCAUCUUCUGUCCAAUCGUGUCUCGUAUGGGAUCAGAUGUGGAAGCAGCGAUGAGGAGGAUCCCAGAGUGUUUGGGACAGAAGCCUGUGAUUCUAGUGUUGAUGCAUCACCUCAGAAAAGAAGACCAUGUGACUGAAGAAACUGAUUGGUCGCAUUUGUACCCAAACGUCAAGAAAGAAAUUCACAUUCUCUUCCAUGAGACCAUGAACGGAUUACUGAGGUGUAAAAGAAACGAUGAGGCCAUUCAAAAACUACGUGACCAGUGUAAACGUUACGUUAAAAGAGAGUCGGAGAUCAAGGAGCUGAAAAAGCAGUUAUCCAGUUCUCCACCUGCUCCUGAUGAGACCUACCACACAGGUGGGGGGUCAAAGCGCCUCUGUCCCACCCCCUCACAUGGACCUGAUGGACCCAGUCCAGGGACAUGUUCGGAGGUGAAGGUCUACACUGUGGUCACCGGUAAAACCCAUGGAGCUGACAGAGACAUACUGGAGCAGGUCACCAGUCUGCAGAGUCUCAAAGUGGACAUGGUCUCAAACCCUCAGGACUGUGAUGUUGUCGUCAUCUUCUGUCCAAUCGUGUCUCGUGUGGGAUCAGAUGUGGAAGCAGCGAUGAGGAGGAUCCCAGAGUGUUUGGGACAGAAGCCUGUGAUUCUAGUGUUGAUGCAUCACCUCAGAAAAGAAGACAACUCGAUUGAAGAAACUGAUUGGUCGCAUUUGUACCCAAACGUCAAGAAAGAAAUUCACAUUCUCUUCCAUGAGACCAUGAACGGAUUACUGAGGUGUAAAAGAAACGAUGAGGCCAUUCAAAAACUAUAUGACCAGUGUAAACGUUACGCUAAAAGGGGUAAACAUCCCACACCCUCUGGUAAUCAGAAAAACUCAUUGAUACAAUCCAUCUAUAGCUAUGUCAAAAGAAAGUAAUCACAACAUAAAGCUGAGGAACAUGAGUGGAUCUGUUCAACAAAUGUAAUCGAUGUUGUAUAAUAACCCAGUGAAAGAGGAAAUACCUUUCAAAAUAAAACCACUGCAACAUCACAAACAAACUCAACUUAGUGAAUUUUCAACAAAUAAUCAACUGUAGAAUAAUGUGACAUCUGACGACGGUCAGUUUUAGAAUGAAGUCAUUAAAGUCCACCUGUAGGGAAUGAUCACUGGUUUGGAUUUCACAGAUCCAUACAAUCCAACGGUUCUGUGGGUAACUUCAGUUUAGUCUGAGUUUAAACACAACGACUUCAGUUUAGUCUGAGAUUAAACACGACUUCAGUUUAGUCUGAGUUUAAACGCGACUUCAGUUUAGUCUGAGUUUAAACACAACAACUUCAGUUUAGUCUGAGAUUAAACACGACUUCAGUUUAGUCUGAGUUUAAACACAACAACUUCAGUUUAGUCUGAGAUUAAACACGACUUCAGUUUAGUCUGAGUUUAAACGCGACUUCAGUUUAGUCUGAGUUUAAACGCGACGACGUCAGUUUAGUCUGAGAUUAAACACGAGGACUUCUGUUUAGUCUGAGUUUAAACGCGACAACCUCAGUUUAGUCUGAAAUUAAAUGCGACGACUUCAGUUUUACUCUGAGUUUAAACGCGACGACUUCUGUUUAGUCUGAGUUUAAACACGACAACUUCAGUUUAGUCUGAGAUUAAAUGCGACGACUUCAGUUUAGUCUGAGUUUAAACGCGACGACUUCAGUUUUACUCUGAGUUUAAACGCGACGACUUCUGUUUAGUCUGAGUUUAAACACGACAACUUCAGUUUAGUCUGAGAUUAAACGUGACGACUUCAGUUUAGUCUGAGUUUAAAUGCGACGACUUCAGUUUAGUCUGAGUUUAAACACGACGACUUCAGUUUAGUCUGAGUUUAACAGCAGAAAGUAGUUGGUCAUCUAGUCUUUAAUCUCUUAAAUGCACUCCUGUAGUUUAAUUAGCUGUAGUUCAGUCAGCAGUAGUUUAGUUACCUGUAGUUUAGUUAAAUGUAGUUUAAUUGGCUGUAGUUAACUGUAGUUUGUUAGCUGUAGUUUAAUUAGCUGUAGUUUAGUUAGCUGUAGUUUAAUUAGCUGUACAUGAAUUAGCUGUAGUUUGAUUAGCUGUAGUUUAGUUAGCGGUAGUUUAGUUAGCUGUAGUUUAGUUAAAUGUAGUUUAAUUGGCUUUAGUUAGCUGUAGUUUAGUUUGCUUUAGUUUGUUAGCUGUAGUUUAAUUAGAUGUAGUUUAGUUAGCUGUAGAUGAAUUAUCUGUAGUUUUAUUUACUGUAGUUUAGUUAGCAGUAGUUUAGUUAGCUGUAGUUUAAUUGGCUGUAGUUAGCUGUAGUUUAGUUAGCUGUAGUCUGAUUAGCUGUAGAUUAAUUAGCUGUGGCUUUAUUAGCUGUAGUUUAAUUAGCUGUAGUUCAAUUAGCUGUAGUUUAGUUAGCUGUAGAUUAGUGCGCUGUAGUUUAAUUAGCUGUAGUUUAGUUAGCUGAAGUUUAAUUAGCUGUGGCUUAGUUAGCUGUAGUUUAGUUUAGCUGUAGUUUAGUUAGCUGUUUUGUAAUUAGCUGUAGUCUAGUUAGCUGUUAUUUAGUUAGCUUUAGUGUAAUUACCUGUAGUUUAGUUACCUGUAGCUUAAUUAGUUUUAGUGUAAAAUAGCUGUAGUUUUAUUAGCUAUUGUUUAGUUAGCUGUAGUUUUAUUAGCUAUUGUUUAGUUAGCUGUAGUUCUCUUAGCUGUAGUUUAGUUAGCUGUAGUUUAGUUAGCUGUAGUUUUAUUAGCUGUAGUUUAGUUAGCUGUAGUUUUAUUAGCUGUAGUUUAGUUAGCUGUAGUUUAGUUCGCUGUAGUUUAAUUAGCUGUAGUUUAGUUAGCUGUAGUUGAAUUAGCUGUAGUUUGGUUAGCUUUAGUGUAAUUACCUGUCGUUUACUUAGCUGAAGUUUAAUUAGCAGUGGUUUAGUUAGCUGUAGUUUAGUUUAGCUGUAGUUUACUGAGCUGAAGUUUAAUUAGCUGUGGCUUAGUUAGCUGUAGUUUAAUUACCUGUAGUUUAGUUACCUGUAGCUUAAUUAGUUUUAGUGUAAAAUAGCUGUAGUUUUAUUAGCUAUUGUUUAGUUAGCUGUAGUUUAGUUAGCUGUAGUUUUAUUAGCUAUUGUUUAGUUAGCUGUAGUUCUCUUAGCUGUAGUUUAGUUAGCUGUAGUUUAGUUAGCUGUAGUUUUAUUAGCUGUAGUUUAGUUAUCUGUAGUUUUAUUAGCUGUAGUUUAGUUAGCUGUAGUUUUAUUAGCUGUAGUUUAGUUAGCUGUAGUUCUCUUAGCUGUAGUUUAGUUAGCUUUAGUGUUACGCAGACCAAAGCUCAUCACUGUGUAAGAAAACAUAAAAGCUGAAGUUUCCUUUGCUCUCUGUGACAGUGGAACUUGCCAAAAGCCUUUAAAGCAAAUUGAAUUUGCUAACAAAUUUAGCCAAACCCACUUGAUCAACACAAUCCUCCAUACGUGACAAUGGAUAAGCACCUGGUUUUGUGACACUGUUCACUUUUCUGUAGUCUGUGUAAAACCUUGGAGUUCUGUCUGCCUUGUCCACCAACAAGCAAACUGAAGGUUCUGCUAACCCAGCACCAAUGACAUACUUUACCUGACUUUCCAAAACCUUACCUUUCUCUUCUGAGACUUGAUAGAAACACUGAUGAAUUGGUUUGUGCCUCUCCUACCAGAUGAGUGUGUGAUGGGACAUCACUAACAAACCUCCUAAUAAGGGCAGAUAAUUCUGUGGACCUUCUACUGGGUAGGUGGUCCAGUAGAAGGUCCAGAUUAUUCAGUGUUUCUGAAUUUUUCAGUCUGCCACACAACAUACUUUCAUCUGCUGAACAGACUUCAUCAUUCUCCACAACAGCAGAGAAAUGAAUUUCAAUAUGAAUUUCAGAUUUCCUGUCAUACAGUGUUUUCAUUUUAGUUUGUGCACAAACUACACUGAACAAAAAUAUAAAUGCAACACAUUUGUUUUUGCUUCCAUUUUUCAUGAGCUGAACUCAAAGAUCUCAAACUUUUUCUCUGUCCACAA